AUGGUAAUUGUGGAUAGAUUCACAAUCGCACCUGAUGCAGUAGUAUGUAAAGAAGCCGUUCUGGAAGGAGACAUAACCAUUUCUUCAGGUACUGUUGUGCAUCCGACAGCCAUAAUACGUGCUACAAAUGGCCCUAUUAUAAUUGGUGAAAAUAAUAAUAUUGAGGAAACUGCUGUAAUUGAGAAUUUAAGCACAAAUGGCGAAACACUCACAGUUGGUUGUGAUAAUGUUUUCGAAAUUGGUUGUGUUGUUCAUGCCCUGAAGAUUGGUGAUAAUAAUGUUUUUGGUGUGCGAUCUCAAGUUGGUCUUCAUACAAUAGUUACUCGAGGUUGCUCUGUUGGUACCAAUUGCACGUCGACUCUUCAAGAAGAGUUGCCGGAAAACACUGUCAUAUAUGGGAAAAAUAAUAACCGACGAGUGGCUAAACAUCCACCGCAGCUUCAAAUAAGCCAGUUGGAGUAUUUGAGGAAAGCAUUCGAAAGAUAUCAUUACUUAGUUAAAUCUUCAUCAUGA